AUGUCGAAAAGCCUCGGGAAUGUUGUGGACCCAUUCGAAGCAGAACAGGUGUAUACAGCUGAUGGCUUGCAUUUUAACGCGGAGAAAGCUGUUAAUGUGGUGAAUAGCGAUUUGGUGAAUAAUCUCGGAAACCUUUUGAGUCGAGCUACAGUUGGGAAGCUCAAUUACUCGCAGCUGUAUCCUGUUUUCCAAGAAGAUAAUGUAACAGCACAUACUGAACAAGCUGCUGUACACUUCCUGAGUGACCUGACGGAUAUUGCGAAGGUAACAGCGGAACUUUACGAUGAGAUGUUGUUCUACAAGGCUAUCGAAGAACUUAUGCGUAUUAUCAAAGCUUGUAACGGAUUUUUCCAGAUAUCUGAACCAUGGAAACUUAAGCAGGGGUCACAGUUAGAUAAUGUACUUUACAUCACUUAUGAGACCAUCCGUAUAUCAUCUAUCCUGCUCCAACCCAUUGUUCCAACCUUGGCAGACAAUGCGCUUACAAGAUGCGUGUUCACCCUGAUGUUGGUACAAACACUUGGAUUGCUAAAUGUGACGUUCUCGCCUGGAAAUCGAAUGGCCUUCAGGCAAAGAUAA